AUGCAGAAGGCCGGGGCAGGGGGCCGGAGAGCCUCCGACUGCGGCCCUGCCCCUCACCGGCCCAGGUGCAUCACCAAGUUUGCCCAGUACGUGGGCUCCUUCCCCGUGGACGACCUGGACACCCAGGAGAGCGCAUGGCUGGUUCAGCAACAGCUGUGGACACUGAAGGACUGUCCCCGCCGCCGGGCUGUCAUCCUGAAAUUCAGCCUUCAGGGCCUCAAGAUCUACAGCGGGGAGGGUGAGGUGCUCCUGAUGGCUCACGCCCUGAGGCGCAUACUCUACUCCACCUGGUGCCCAGCCGACUGCCAGUUUGCCUUCAUGGCCCGAAAUCCCCGGAGCCCGGCCAGCAAGCUCUUCUGCCACCUCUUUGUGGGCAGCCAGCCUGGAGAGGUCCAGAUCCUGCACCUGCUGCUCUGCCGCUCCUUCCAGCUCGCUCACCUCUCGCAGCACCCUGAGGAACGGGCACGGCCUGAGCCCUGCCCGGGACCCGUAGGGGACGUGCCCCUGAAGCCCCUGUCCGGCCCUGGGGGCACCCCUGGCCUAGCACGGGAACCCCUCGGCGGUGAUCAGCUCUCACGGAACAUUAACGCGCUGGUCUCCUUCGGGCGGCUGCCAGCAGAGGGGCCUGGGGGCAGUGGGAAGGAGCCGCCGGAGUCGGAAAGCCGCGGGGGCGCCCGCCACGCCCGCCUGGGGAACCCGUACUGCUCGCCCACGCUGGUGCGCAAGAAGGCCAUCCGCAGCAAGGUGAUCCGCUCCGGGGCCUACCGCGCCUGCACCUACGAGAUGCAGCUGCAGCUGUCGGCUCGGGAGGCCUUUCCUGACGCGUGGGAGGCCUGGCCCCGGGGUCCUGGGGGCCCCCCAUGCCUGGUGGAGAGCGAGGGCAGCCUGACGGAGAACAUCUGGGCUUUUGCUGGCAUCUCCAGGCCCAGUGCCCUCGCCCUGCUGCGGAGAGACGUGCUUGGGGCCUUCCUGCUUUGGCCUGAGCCAGGCACCAGUGGCCAGUGGUGCCUGUCGGUGAGGACACAGUGCGGCGUGGUGCCCCACCAGGUCUUCCGGAACCACCUAGGCCGCUACUGCGUGGAGCACCUGCCGGCUGAGUUCCCCAGCCUGGAGGCCCUGGUGGAGCAUCACGCUGGGACGGAGCGCAGCCUCUUCUGCUCCCUCGACAUGGGCCGCCUGAACCCCGGCUACGAGGAGCAGGACUGCGGGCCCGAGGGCAGGCUUCCCCCGACUCUCCGGCCCCUUGGUCAUGCCAAGUCCGAAGCAGAGCUGCAGGGCCUGGGCUAGGACGCUGAGCCCCACGCCAAGAGGCCCCGUCUCAUCCUGGCUCCUGGGCCUCAGCAGGCUGCUCUGCUCUGCCCUUCUUC